CUUACCCACUGAGCCAUCAAGCAUGUAAAAUGGUGAAGAGAAUGGGCUGGAGAGAUGGCUCAGCAGUUGAAAGCACAUAUUACUCUUGAAGAGAACCAUCCCUAACUGCAGCUCUAAGAGAUCCAACAUCCUCCUCUGGCCUCUACAGGCACAAAGACACAUUCAAUCAAACAAUAAGGCCUACAUGAAUCCAAUAGCGAUGGCUCGAUCAAGGGGUCCAGUCCAGUCUUCAGGGCCAACAAUCCAGGAUUAUCUGAAUCGACCAAGGCCUACCUGGGAGGAAGUAAAGGAACAACUAGAAAAGAAAAAGAAGGGUUCCAAAGCUUUGGCUGAAUUUGAAGAAAAAAUGAAUGAGAAUUGGAAAAAAGAACUAGAAAAACACAGAGAAAAAUUAUUAAGUGGAAAUGAGAGCUCAUCCAAAAAAAGACAGAGAAAGAAAAAAGAAAAGAAAUCUGGUAGGUAUUCAUCUUCUUCUUCAUCGAGCUCUGAUUCUUCCAGCAGUUCUUCAGAUUCUGAAGACGAGGAUAAAAAACAAACAAAAAAGAAGAAGAAGAAGAAGAGUCGUUGCCAUAAGUCUCCUGAGAGCUCAGUAUUGGACUCCGACUCGGACAGCAAGGAUGGUUCAAAAAAGAGAAAGAAGUCAAAGGAUGUGAAUGAGAAAGAAAAGGACAAUAAAGGACUGAACAGAAAAAGAAAGCUUUAUGAAGAUAGAACACUGACUUCUGAGUCGUUGUCAGAGUUGGAGUGUGAAGAGGUGCAGGUGAAAAGGAAGAAAAGUGGUGAAGCGCGUGAGAGAACAGCAAGUAUCUUAUGUUUUACAGACCAGCAGGCCCACUGUUUUGUUUGCCUUGCUUGUUUGUUUUGUUUUGGGGAUAAAGAUAAAGCCAAAAAGAGAAGGAAGCAUAAGAAGCACAGCAAGAAGAAGAAAAAGAAGGCUGCCAGCUCCAGUUCAGACUCGUCAUAGCGUCGGAAGACCAGGGUCCCUUACAGGGUGCAUUCGUGAAGGAGCUCUUAACUGUGAAGAUAACGACAUACGUAGUAAUGUGCAUGAAUUCCCUUGUGUUUAGACCUGUCCUGGACUCUAGUCAGUAGCCACUCGAAUGCUGCUGUAUGAAAGAAAGGCCAUGAUUGUUGCCUGCUGCCUGAACACCUUUUCCUCUCUCCCAGUGCUCGAUGCCUCUGGGGGACCGUACUUUGCAGUAAUAUUAGUGGUUAAGAUAUUUGGAAUAAAGCUAAUAUUUUUUGCUAGAUGUAUUUAAGGAUAUGUCAACAGAAACAGUCUGAGUCCAUCUCCAAGAUGUGACCAGAAAUAAUGAGGUGACUCUAGGGAAAAUUUCAAAGUAGGGGUUACAUUAAUAUUUCAAAAUUCUUAUGCUGUAGAUAAGUGUAUUUUAUUUUUUCCUCCAUGUAUAUUUUGAUUUACUUGGGGAAGGAGCUUUUGGGGUGGGGGGUGUUUGCUAUCUCUUUAGCUACCAGAACAGCGUGCCUUUGAUCUCACACUACUUUUGUGGACACAGUAGCCAUGCUUCCUGGGAGGUCAGAGCUGGGCACCAUCAGUCCUGCCCUUGACUGAGGUUAGUGAUAUCCAUUGUAUGCUGCUUUGAAUGAACCAGAGACACUCUGCCCUUUGCAGCAUGAGAAGCCCCCACAGCUGGUAUUUACCUCCACUUCAGUAAUACCUGACUGUUUUUUAGGGUUAGAUUGUGUUAUGCCAUUUGAUUUAAUUCUGCCUACACUUUGACUUUGGAGAAGAAGUGUUUAGUAGUCACUGGAACUUUCUGAACUGAUAGGUCACGAUUCUAAAGUGGAUGUUUUAUGCAGGUUUUAACCAGUCAGAAGGGGUUAUGUAGCCAGUGACUUUAUGUUUUGUAUAGAUUUUGUUUAGGCUGCAGUGUUUAACUUUUAACUCCUUACUCUUGCUGUCUUAAGUUCAUUACUAUGUUUAGUGGCACACAAGAUAUUUAGCAUGUAAAAAGCAGGACUUUUGGUUUUCAUUUUUAACAGCUUCAUAUUGAAGCUAAAACUUUUACCACAAACAGGUUGAGUGGCAGGCCUAGUAUGCUGUAUUUUGUUACAUAAAGCUGUUGCCAGAAUCUUAGUAAAUAGAAUGUUUUAAAAGUUUGUUGUCUUUGUAUAUUAAUAACAGAUUAUGACAUGUUAACUUACAUGAAACUACAUUACUGCUCUUCCUGUGUCAUGUUUUACUGAGAUUUUGUGCCUCAUCUCUGAAUUAUUAGGAAUGUUGAAAGGAAUUGAUGUCAUUUUCAUUUUACACUUUUAUAUAAUCAGGUAAUGUGAAUAUAACAAUGUACAAUUUGCCCGUCAGAGUGUGUGCUGAUUAUAGUGGAAUAUGCACACAACAUUUUGGCAUGAAAGAGGCUGAAUAAAUAGCUAUUUUACUUACAA